UUUGCCGACCAAGGUCGCGGUAAUGGCUUCCUAGGCAAGACUUACUUUGUAUAUGCCGCCGUAGGGACCCUAGUAGCUGCGGUUAGCGGGCUCAUUGUACAUUAUAUUACAGAUCUGCACGUUUGCGAAGAAAGCUCGGAAUCUGACACCUUCGUGCCUGGGAGUUUCUCGCCAAUGUGGCUGAGUUGUACGGCUGAAUGAGGCGAUCGCCUGUGGUACCGUAGAAGGAUGAACUCCAUCGCCGGUCGGGAUCUCGCAGUGUCCGCUGGAGCUGUCAGCAGCAACCCCGGAGCAGCAUCAUCCAGAGUCCUGCAUGUGGAGCUCACAUCACAACAGAGGCGUUUACGUCACUUGCGGAGCAUAGCAGCCCGUAACAUUGUGAACAAGAAUGGCUCUCCUCUUCUUGACACUUACUUCACCCUUCACCUCUGCCAGGAAGAUCGGAUAUCACGAGAUUUUUAUAAGAGUGAAGUCAUCCGAGACUCAUUGAACCCAACAUGGCGGAGCUUAGAUUUCGCAAUGCUUCCGGAUCUCUUGGACACGUCUGUGUCGUGUUUUGUGGUGAGAAUAUGGGGUGGGAGGGAAGAACAGUACCAACUGCUUAUUGAGUGGAAGGUCAACCUUGAUGGGCUCAGAUAUACAGGACAACAGGUGAGGAGUCAAAUAUAUACAUUCACACUCAUCUCUUUGCUUUCCCUUUUUUAUACUCUACCAACUCAUGGACUGUUUUCUUUCCCACAGGAAAGUUCUGACAGGAAGAAGAACAGUUUGCUUCAGGUGGACCAGAGCUCUGUCAGAAACUCCUACAGUGUUUUCUCUUUACUGAGACUGCACACGGCCCAGAGAGCCAUUAAGCAGACUCAGGUGACUGUUCAGAAGAUCGGGAAGGAAAUUGAAGAGAAACUGAGGACAACAGCGUCCUGCACAGAAAAGAAGAAAGAGAGGGAGUGUAUGCAGCUACGUAUCGGGAUUCUGAGGUGCGAGUUGGAGAGACAGAGGAAGGCGCUGGCGAGAGAACUGGACAUGAUGCAGAAAGAGAGAGCGCAGCUUGUAAAGAAAGAGGAGGCGUCGUCUACCAAGCAUCAGGGUCUGGAGUCUGAGCGCAAGUCUUUGACUGAGUUACAGAAGGAAUGCACUGCCAAAAGAGAGCUGUUUCUAAAAUCCAAUGCCCAGCUCACCUUCCGCUGUCGUCAACUUAUAUCAGAGCUGUCCUACAUUUAUCCCAUUGAUGUGAAUAAUCAGAAUGAUUAUGUGAUUUGUGGUGUCAAACUGCCCAAUUCGGAAGACUUUCAAGCAAAGGAUGAUGGGAGUGUUGCGGUGGCUCUGGGUUACACGGCACACCUGGUGCUGAUGAUAUCGAACUUCCUGCAGAUUCCACUCAGGUAUCCAGUCAUCCACAAGGGUUCCCGCUCCUCCAUCAAGGACACCAUCACUGACAAACUCACAGAGAAGGAGAGAGAGUUCCCUCUUUACCCCAGAGGAGAGCGUUUCCAGUUUGAAUAUGGUGUCUAUUUGCUCAACAAAAACAUCGCCCAGUUGAGGUACCAGCAUGGGCUCUCUACCCCAGAUCUACGUCAGACUUUACCCAACCUGAAGAACUUCCUAGAGCAUGGACUACUUGUAAGAUGUGACAGGCACCAUGUCUCCAUGUCCAUCCCCGUCCCACUGAAGUCUCAUCUCAGCGUUUCCACCGCAUCCGAAGUGGGUUUUCCGACCCUUUCCAGCUCCCCUGAACGGGACAUCCAGAAGUGGGCCAGCUCAGAUGCGGAUAAACAGAAAUGCCAAACCCCUCCACCUAGUUGCAACACAGCCAUGACUGAGCCUGAUCCCAUGACCACUCCGGAAGUCCCAUCAGUGCCGUCCACAGAGAUUGCGAGCAUUGAAGAAGGUAAGACUGUGGAUACACAUGGGGAUGGAGAGACUGUGUCCCAGGCACAUACGGAAAAGCCUCUGGAAAUACCUACGGACAUAGCCAGUACAUUACCGUCUGACUCUGUCCCUCAGCACUCAGGAGCCAUGAACGGCUCGGUCGUGCCCAGCGAGGGUAUAGGUUUGGGUGUUGCGGGCGCAGCUGAACUGUGCUGCUCCGUGGAGCAGGCGGAGGAAAUUAUGGGCACUGAAGCCACAGGGCUGGGAUUGGGACUAGGAUUUGGGUUGGGAUUGGGAGGUGGCGCCAGACUGGAUGAUUUCCCGUGUAUCCCCGUGGAGCACGCGGUUGCGGUUGAGUGUGACGAACAGGUUUUGGGAGAGUUCGACGCUGCUGGGAUCGAGGAGGUCUCGCGGCGUAUCUAUGCACUAGAAAAUAUGUCUAGUUUCCGACGGCCCCGGAAGAACUCAGAAAAAUGACUAGGAUAUGGGACAUGGGCCUGGAGAAACGGGUCGGAGGGUGACUGGUGUCCAAGUUGGUCGGUGACAUGAGGUUGAGCCUGUGUAAUAUUUCAUCCUGACUGCAACAAGUAUAGACAUUACAUAAAGAAAUAUAUUAUUAUUAAUAUUGUUAUAAUAAUUAUUAAUAUCAUUAGGAAAAAUCUGGAAUAUUGACCAAUUUGCACUUCUCGAAGCAUUUCUAUAAUCCCUUAAAGUGAAAUAAAGAGAAUGUUUGGUUGAAAUGCUUGCUGGAUGUCUUUCUGGGUGUAUGGCUGUGCAGUCUUAAUUAAUUCUACCCCAAAAAAAUGACAAUUCUGUCAUUAUUUACUCGAUGCCUGACAAACUUUCAUGUCUUU